AUGUCGUCUGAGAACGGAGAAACCUUCGCAUUCCAAGCUGAGAUCGCUCAGUUGAUGAGCUUGAUCAUCAACACUUUCUAUAGCAACAAGGAGAUCUACUUGCGUGAAUUGAUCUCUAACUCGUCGGAUGCUCUCGAUAAGAUCCGCUACCAGGUAUGUUGCUCUAAUAUUUUCUUGUCGGCGAGAUGCUCAUUUCUCAUUUCCAGGCCCUCACCGAGCCAUCGGAGCUUGACACCGGAAAGGAGCUCUUCAUCAAGAUCACCCCGAACAAGGAGGAGAAGACCCUCACCAUCAUGGAUACCGGAAUCGGAAUGACCAAGGCCGAUCUUGUCAACAACCUUGGAACCAUCGCCAAGUCCGGAACCAAGGCCUUCAUGGAGGCUCUCCAGGCUGGAGCCGACAUCUCCAUGAUCGGACAGUUCGGAGUCGGAUUCUACUCUGCUUUUCUGGUCGCCGACAAGGUCGUUGUCACCUCCAAGAACAACGACGAUGACAGCUACCAGUGGGAGUCUUCCGCCGGAGGAUCUUUCGUUGUCCGUCCGUACAACGACCCAGAACUGACCCGUGGUACCAAGAUCACCAUGUACAUCAAGGAUGAUCAGAUUGAUUUCCUCGAGGAGCGCAAGAUCAAGGAUAUCGUCAAGAAGCACUCUCAGUUCAUCGGAUACCCAAUCAAGCUCGUCGUCGAGAAGGAGCGUGAGAAGGAGGUUGAGGAUGAGACCGCCGAGGAUGUCACCGAGGAGAAGAAGGAGGGAGAGGUCGAGAACGUCGGAGAAGACGCUGACGCCGAGAAGGACAAGAAGAAGACCAAGAAGAUCAAGGAGAAGUACUUCGAGGACGAGGAGCUUAACAAGACCAAGCCAAUCUGGACCAGAAACCCAGACGACAUCUCCAACGAGGAGUACGCCGAGUUCUACAAGGUAAACCUUUACUAAUGCGUUCUGUGAAUUCGAAUUAUUUUAUUUUCAGAGCUUGUCGAACGACUGGGAGGAUCACCUCGCCGUCAAGCACUUCUCCGUUGAGGGACAACUUGAGUUCCGCGCUCUCCUCUUCGUGCCACAGAGAGCUCCAUUCGAUCUGUUUGAGAACAAGAAGAGCAAGAACUCUAUCAAGCUCUACGUUCGUCGUGUCUUCAUUAUGGAGAACUGCGAGGAGCUGAUGCCGGAGUACCUGAACUUCGUCAAGGGAGUCGUCGACUCUGAGGAUCUGCCACUCAACAUCUCCCGUGAGAUGCUCCAGCAAUCCAAGAUCCUGAAGGUUAUCCGUAAGAACCUUGUCAAGAAGUGCAUGGAGCUCUUCGACGAGAUUGCUGAGGACAAGGACAACUUCAAGAAGUUCUACGAGCAGUUUGGAAAGAACGUCAAGCUCGGAAUCCACGAGGACUCCACCAACCGCAAGAAGCUCUCCGAGUUCCUCCGUUACUCCACUUCCGCUGGAGAGGAGCCAACUUCCCUCAAGGAAUACGUCUCGCGCAUGAAGGAGAACCAAACCCAGAUCUACUACAUCACUGGAGAGUCCAAGGAAGUUGUCGCCGCUUCGGCCUUUGUCGAGCGCGUCAAGAGCCGCGGAUUCGAGGUCCUCUACAUGUGCGACCCAAUCGAUGAGUACUGCGUCCAGCAGCUCAAGGAGUACGACGGAAAGAAGCUGGUUUCCGUCACCAAGGAAGGACUCGAGCUUCCAGAAUCCGAAGAGGAGAAGAAGAAGUUCGAGGAGGACAAGGUCAAGUACGAGAACCUGUGCAAGGUUAUCAAGGAUAUCUUGGAGAAGAAGAUCGAGAAGGUCGCUGUUUCUAACCGCCUCGUCUCUUCCCCGUGCUGCAUUGUCACCUCGGAGUACGGAUGGUCCGCCAACAUGGAGCGUAUCAUGAAGGCUCAGGCUCUUCGUGAUUCAUCCACCAUGGGAUACAUGGCCGCCAAGAAGCACCUCGAGAUCAACCCAGAUCACGCCAUCAUGAAGUAAGCUCGAUAUUUUAAAUAUAUCAUUCUAACUUGUUUCUUCAGAACUCUUCGUGAGCGUGUCGAGGCUGACAAGAACGACAAGACCGUCAAGGAUCUCGUUGUCCUUCUCUUCGAGACUGCUCUUCUGUCUUCCGGAUUCUCGCUCGAGGAGCCGCAAUCGCAUGCUUCCCGCAUCUACAGAAUGAUCAAGCUCGGUCUUGAUAUCGGAGACGACGAUGUCGAGGUGCCAGUCGCUUCGACCUCGUGCACCGCCGAGGCCAAGAUUGAGGGAGCUGAGGAGGAUGCAUCCCGCAUGGAGGAGGUCGACUAA